AUGGCGCUUUCCUUCGUUCGUCAAGCGUCUCUCGUUGCGCUCCUCGCGACUUCGACCAUCGCUCAAACAUUUACCGAGUGCGAUCCUACCAAAAAAGCAUGCCCCGCAGACCCUGGCUUGCCCCAGAGCAACUACGAAGUCGACUUCACCAAGGGCGCCGAUGAUAGUGCCUGGAAAGUCGCGUCCGGAAAGGUCUCGUACUCGGCCGACGGCGCCCAGUUUGUCCUCGCCAAGCAGGGCGACGCCCCGACUAUCCAGACGUCGUGGUACUUCUUCUUCGGCCGCGCCGAGGUCAUCAUGAAGGCCGCUCCCGGCACCGGCAUCGUCAGCAGCGUCGUCGUCGAGUCCGACGACCUCGACGAGGUCGACUGGGAGUGGCUCGGCGGCAAGGACGCCCAGGUCCAGACAAACUACUUUGGCAAGGGCAACACCACGACCUUCGACCGCGGCGCGUUCCACAACGUCGACGGCACCCAGGACGACUUCCACAACUACACCAUCGACUGGACCCCCGACGCCGUCACCUGGUACAUCAACAGCAACCUCGUCCGCACCCUCAACUUCGCCGACGCCGUCGGCGGCAAGAACUUCCCCCAGACCCCGGCCCGCCUGCGUCUCGGCAUCUGGGCCGGCGGCGACCCGAACAACAGCCCCGGCACCAUCGAAUGGGCCGGUGGCCCGACCGACUACUCAAAGGGCCCCUACACCAUGACCGUCCAGAAGGUCGCCAUCACCAACUCGAACCCGGGCAAGUCCUACACCUACAGCGACCAGACCGGCGACUGGCAGAGCAUCAAGGUCGAGGCCGCCGGCGCCAGCACCGGCGAUGGCACCAGCUCGGGCCAGAACGACACCUCUGCCGCCCCCGCUUCUCCUUCUGCUCCCGUCUCUCCUCCUUCCCCCGCCUCGACCCCGGCGCCCGCCUCCGGAACCAACGCGCCGGCCAACGCCAUCGGGGCGAAGACCAGCGCCAACGCGCCGGCUGCCACCUCUGCCAGCGGAUCCAGCGACUCGGCCAGCGCGAGCUCCCCUGCAAGCGUCAGCGCCGCUGCUGGCAGGAUGCUCGGCGGCUCCGCCGUCAGCGCCGGCCUGGUUGGAAUCGCUCUUGCCGCGUUGGUUGGCCUGCUCUAG